AUGGCUGCCGUCGCACACAUCAAGCCGUCGGCGUCCUCGAACAUACCCAUAUCGCACCAUGGCGGACCCGCCUCCGCCCCGGCCCACGCGGGGCCGCUCAUUACACCUCCGAACUCGAUAUCCCCGACCCUGUCCGCCCAUAAACGCCGGCCUGGAAUGCCGGCGACCGGGAGGGCUCGUUCGCCCUCGUCCGCGGACAUGGAUAUCGACCUGCAGGAUGCUGUCGAGCACGCCGCCGCCCAGGACCAGCCCACCGCCUCGCUCUCCAAGGAAGCGCUGGCUGGCCUGGAUGCCUCCCGCCAGAUAACGGCGCUCAUGCUCGCCAAGCACCAUCUGCCGACUAUCAUUCUGGGACACGGCGCCAUGCCCAUCCGCGAGAUGAUGGCCCAUCUCAACCAGACAGUCCCAGGCUUCUCCCGACUCCCCCCGGCGAAGGCCCGCAGGCUGAUAGUCGCUGCGCUGGAACAUCGCGCAGGCGGUGGCCUUCACGGGGAAGUCAAGUUCGAGAAGGUGGGCUGGGGCCGCUGGAGCGUGGCAGGGCAAUCGUCCCAGACGAGCCGCGGAGUCCCCAUUGGGGCUCACGGCGCGUCGCGCAACGGACCGACGCCACCUGCCAGUGUGGAUAGCUCCGGCGGGCUCCAAGUACCCAAGCAUAUGCGCGCCGAGCACGACGCGUACUCGGGGAGCUGGGCGGCCGGCUCCCCGGACAGUCGGGACGAAGAGAUGGCGGACCAGAUGUCCUUAGAUGGCUCUGGGGACAGCGACUCCGAUACGUCUGACAUGGAUCUGGAAAAUGACCUGAACGACGAAACGGACGAGGAGGACUGGUCUGCUAUUGGACCAGAAGCUCUCCGCCAACGUCCUCGCCCACGACGUCCCGUAUACCGCGACUACAAUUAUCUUUCUCGAAUGUCGGGCGCUCGAUACCGCUCGACAUCGGCACAAUCGGUGCCACCUUCUCAUGCCGGAAGAACUACGACCCCGGCCUUUAAUUCUUCCUCUUAUACUGCAUCCCGUGGCAACACGGGCACUCUUCCUGCAUCGAACGGCGUUAUGGGUCCCGGGGGCCAGAACGCGGAGCGCGAGGCCAUUGAGGCCCUGAUUGCUAUGGGCUCCAUGUAA